AUGGCGCAUGGAAAUGGCCGUUUAGAAACCGCCACUGGCGAUGUCUACGACGGGGAGUGGCUCCAAGACAAGGCUCACGGAUUUGGUCGUCUUAUCCAGAAGUCCGGACGAAGCUACGAGGGACAGUGGGAGGCUGAUCUUCAACACGGCUACGGCGUUGAACAAUGGAUGGAUGGCUCCCACUACGAGGGGUCUUAUGCUCACAAUUUCAAGCAUGGGCAAGGCACUUUUACCUGGGCAGCCGGAUCCUCGUACACGGGGACCUUUGAAGAGGACGAAAUACACGGCGUCGGCCAUUACCAGUGGGCAGAUGGACGGACCUACACUGGACAGUGGCAGCACAACUGCUGCCAUGGUAUGGGUGAUAUGUUUUGGCCAGAUGGCCGUGCAUAUCAUGGCUCCUACGCAGCAGACAAGAAGCACGGAGAGGGCUGCUACUUGUGGCAAGACGGUCGCCAAUACAGUGGCCAAUGGAAGGAAGGAAAGCAGCAUGGAUUUGGCAGGUACUUGACACUUGGCCGCUGCAACGUUUCGGAGCACACUUGA